AUUCACCGUUGAAACGCCUAGCCGAGCAGGGGGCAGAUCCACGUUUUCAUUCCACAGGAAAACCCCUGCUUAAACCCUAGCUGUUCAACUCUCUCUCCUUCUCCCCUAAAUCCCAGUUUCCUUAAACCCAUAAUAAUGGCCUCAGUGACGAGUAAAGCUAACCCACUUAUCUCAACCCUACCUCACGUCCUGACAUGGCAAAGAUUUGGCUUCCGCACCAUAUGCAGUGGCCGCCUUGGCUUCGCCACUUCCACUUUGUCUUCACCAUCUUCCGAUUCAGAAACACACAUGGCUGGUACAAAGAUUCUAGAAUCAUUUACUGAGGAAUUCGAAAUUGGUUCGCGGAAAAUUACUCUGGAAACUGGGAAGAUUGCUCGGUUUGCCAAUGGCUCAGUGGUUCUAGCUAUGGACGAGACUAAAGUUCUCUCAACCGUGGCCUCUGCAAAGGGCGACUCAGUUCGCGAUUUUCUACCGCUCACUGUUGAUUACCAAGAGAAACAAUUUGCUCAAGGUUUAAUUCCAAGUUCAUUCAUGCGAAGGGAGGGUGCUCCGAAGGAACGUGAACUUCUCUGUGGCCGUAUCAUUGAUAGACCAAUACGGCCCCUUUUUCCUGCUGGAUUUUACCAUGAGGUGCAGGUUAUGGCAAGUGUUCUUUCAUCUGAUGGGAAACAAGAUCCCGAUGUAAUGGCUGCCAAUGCAACAUCUGCUGCUUUAAUGCUGUCAGAUAUUCCUUGGGGAGGUCCCAUAGGGGUGAUUCGUAUUGGGAGGAUCUGUGGACAAGUUGUCGUCAACCCAAGCAUGGAUGAGCUUAGCUUGAGUGAUCUCAACUUGGUAUAUGCCUGCACAAAGGAUAAAACAUUGAUGAUAGAUGUGCAAGCACGUGAAAUUUCAGAAAAAGAUUUGGAAGCUGCAUUGAGACGGGCUCACCUUGAGGCUAUUAAGUAUCUGGAGCCUCAAGUUAGACUGGCAGGUAGAAUAGGUAAGCAGAAGAAAGAGUAUAAACUCUCUAUGGUGUCGGAGAAAACACUUGAGAAAAUACGAAAUUUGGCAAAAGAACCUAUUGAAGCUGUCUUUACAGAUCCCAGCUAUGGCAAGUUUGAACGUGGAGAAGCCUUAGAUAAAAUUACACAAGAUGUUAAACGAACACUCGAGGAAGAAUGUGAUGAAGAAGGCUUAAAAGUUUUAUCAAAGACAGUUGAUACAGUACGAAAAGAGGUUGUUCGCAGAAGGAUUAUUGCAGAAGGGCUUAGAGUUGAUGGAAGACGCCUUGAUGAAGUUCGACCACUGUACUGUGAAUCUGGUAUUCUGCCUGUGCUACAUGGAUCAUCACUCUUUUCACGGGGAGAUACACAGGUUCUUUGUACUGUCACACUUGGAGCCCCAGGGGAUGCUCAACAGCUAGAUUCCCUGGUUGGUCCUUCAUCAAAGAGAUUCAUGCUUCACUAUAGUUUUCCUCCAUUCUGUAUUAAUGAAGUUGGCAAACGAGGUGGUCUGAAUAGACGUGAAGUUGGGCAUGGUACUCUUGCCGAGAAAGCUCUGUUAGCUGUUUUACCUCCUGAAGAUGAUUUUCCAUACACUGUCCGUGUCAAUUCCGAAGUCAUGGCAUCCGAUGGUUCAACAUCAAUGGCAACUGUCUGUGGAGGCAGCAUGGCUUUAAUGGAUGCUGGAAUUCCAGUAAGACAACAUGUAGCAGGUUUAUCUGUGGGACUUGUCAGUGAUAGUGAUCCAUCAACUGGAGAAAUCAAGGACUAUAGGAUAUUAACAGAUAUAUUGGGUUUGGAGGAUCAUCUGGGUGAUAUGGACUUCAAAAUUGCUGGCACUCGAAAUGGAAUAACUGCUAUUCAAUUAGAUAUAAAACCUGCUGGAAUUCCUCUGGACAUCAUCUGUGAGAGUCUAGAACAUGCACUUAAGGGACGACAGCAGAUCCUUGAACACAUGGAGCGUGAAAUAAAUGCCCCCCGUAUUCAGGAUGACCAAUAUUCUCCUCGUUUAGCUACGCUGAAAUACAGCAAUGAUGCACUUCGCCGGUUAAUUGGUCCUCUUGGUGCCCUAAAGAGGAAAAUUGAAGAAGAAACAGGUGCACGGAUGUCAGUUAGUGAUGGAACUCUCACAAUAGUUGCUAAAAACCAAUCAGUCAUGGAGAAAGUACAGGAAAAGGUUGACUUUAUCAUAGGUCGUGAAAUUGAAGUUGGAGGUGUCUACAAAGGUGUUGUGACUUCUGUUAAAGAAUAUGGUGCUUUUGUAGAGUUUAAUGGUGGCCAACAAGGGCUUUUACAUAUUUCCGAGUUGUCACAUGAACCGGUGUCACGAGUCUCAGAUGUAGUAUCUGUUGGCCAGCAACUUUCUUUGAUGUGCAUAGGGCGGGAUGUGCGUGGUAACAUUAAGUUAUCUUUGAAAUCUACUCUAACUGGCGCUAGAUCAAAGAAAGACGACUCUAUUGGCAAUUCAACUCCCACAAGCCAAUCAUCUAAUAUAUGGGUUCCUAUUGGUGAAGUGUGUAAAGAUCAGGAAAAGCAAGAUGCUGGUGCGAGGGCUGAGCUUUUGGAAAGUGAUGAAACUGCAGAGCAGAGCUCUGCUCCAGAAACACCAGCAUUCUUAAUUCGGAGUGCUGCAGAGUGUGAUGAGGAGGAAAGAACUACUGGUGUGGAUUUGAGCUCUAAAACUAGUAAUACCUCAAGAACUCCUAAACCUGACGAAAAGUCAAAAGCAUUGUUGGAACAUACUGAUAUUGACUCAUCCCCAAAAUUAGAUCUUUCUUCAAGAAAUGUGAAUAAAUUAAAAAAGGGGAAGGAAUCAAUUGCUGACCUUGUAAGUGAUUAUGAAGGUGAAGACAAAAAUACGUCCAAAGCACCAAGACAAUCUAAGAAUGACUUGAAUAAGGAUUCUACAGUUGAGACUGCUAUAAAAGCUAAUAAAUUGAAGCUGGGAAUGAAGCUUGUAGCUAAGGUGCAUCAGAUACGUGCACUUGGUUUAGUGCUUGAUUUGGGGGGUGGAAUCCGUGGAAUGUAUCGUUUUGAGGCUGGUGCGAAGAGGGACUUUGAGGUUGGUGAUCACGUGUUGGUGAAGUGUACAAGUUUUUCAAGCAAGGGUGUUCCAGUAAUGUCAUUGGCUGAGGAUAAAUAAAUAUCUAACCAAAACUGCACCUCAAGCAAAGGGGACCAAAGUAGUGUUGAAACAUCCAGGAUUUGCAGGUGAUGGGUAUGUGCAGAUUCGCGUAAUGACUCAACUCUCGAACCACCACCUGUUCUAUAUAAGGGGCUCCUGAUCUUCUAUUGUUGGACCAUGCUGCAUUGCUGCUGUUUGCCAAUGUCUUUCUUGCAUUCAACUUCCUCAAGAAAUUAAAGUUUUGGUAGGUUACUAACCUUGUAAGAUUAGCCUGAUUUAUGCUUCUAUUUUUAUGAUUUUUUUAAAAAUAAUUUAGGGGGUGCAUAUAGCUUUGAAGAAAAUUUUGUUAGAUAAGCUGAUCGAGAUGAUGUGCUUCCAUUGUUUCAAUAUAAUAUAAUUCAAUCUUCAAGGGAUGGGUUUUUGUAUUUAAUUUUGUGAUUGUAUUUGAAUCACUUCAAGGCAUACCAAUUAGGGAUGUGAAUUGGGCCACCCGAUCGGUUUUGAGCUA